AUGUCUUCCUUCACGCAAACGCAAGCCACUGGCCGCCUUCAACAACUUCAAGAACAAAUGUCGUCCUCCAGCACCGCCACCUCGUUCACCAACGAUGUCUGUCCGCAAGCCCCGGAAGACCCGCUCUUUGGGUUGAUGGCUGCAUAUCGCAAGGACUCGGACCCAAAGAAGGUGGAUUUGGGUAUUGGAGCCUACCGCGACGACAACGCAAAGCCAUGGGUGUUGCCCGUAGUCAAACAGGCCGACGAGCUCAUCCGAAACGACCCCGACCUCAACCACGAAUAUCUCCCAAUCGCCGGUCUGCCCGACUUCACUUCUGCCUCGCAGAAGCUCGUCCUCGGCAAGCAAUCACCUGCCAUUACUGAAAAGCGAGCCGUUUCCCUCCAGACCAUCUCCGGUACGGGGGCUUGCCAUUUGGGCGCCCUCUUCCUCGCCAAGUUCUACCACCCGGCGUCAGCAGGCAGCAAGGCCAUCUACGUGAGCAAUCCAACAUGGGCCAACCACAACCAGAUCUUCGGCAACGUCGGACUGCCAGUCAAAAACUACCCCUACUUCUCCAAGAAGACCAAGGGUUUGGACUUUGAGGGCAUGAUUGGCGCACUCCAGCAGGCCCCAGAAGGUAGCAUCAUUCUCCUCCACGCAUGUGCACACAACCCUACCGGUGUGGAUCCCACGCAAGAGCAGUGGAAGAAAAUUGCAGAGGUCAUGAAGGCCAAGAAACAGUUCCCGUUCUUCGAUACUGCAUACCAAGGAUUCGCAUCAGGUUCAUUGUCAAAGGAUGCUUGGGCAAUCAACUACUUUGUUGACCAGGGAUUCGAGCUCCUCGUUGCCCAAUCCUACGCCAAGAACUUCGGUCUCUACGGUGAACGUGCUGGAUGCUUCCACUUCGUCGCUUCCCCCGGCUCUCACGCGACCGAGACCGUGCAACGCGUAGGCAGCCAGCUUGCCAUUCUCCAGCGAUCUGAAAUCUCAAAUCCCCCAGCUUACGGUGCUCGUAUCGCCUCUCUCGUACUCAAUGACGACAAGCUCUUUGCUCAGUGGGAGGAUGAUCUCCGCACCAUGUCCGGUCGUAUUAUCGAGAUGCGCAAGGCUCUUCGGGCCAAGCUCGAAGCUGCGGGAACUCCAGGCACUUGGAAUCACAUUACGRAUCAGAUUGGCAUGUUCAGCUUCACUGGUCUCGAUGAGAAGCAAGUCGCGAAGUUGAGGGACGAGUACCACAUCUACAUGACCAAGAACGGUCGCAUCAGCAUGGCCGGGUUGAACACCAAGAACAUCGACUACUUUGCCAAGUCAGUCGACAGCGUUGUUAAGGAGACUUCGUCGUAG